UAAAAAAAUAAGCCAGGAUCGAAAAAUUGACAAAUUGAUCAUCAUGUCAUAAAUCAUUAGAAAUAUUAGUCAAAAUUUCAGUUAUAAAAUGUACAAGAACGUUUGUACCUGUCUUAGCAAAGGCGGGAACCUUCCAGUGAUCAAAAGCAAGGUCAAUUUGGCCUUUGAACACAGUCAACGAAAUAUUUGUAGCGACGGCCUCCCCGAACUUGACAGAUUAAAGAAGAAAUUCAAGUCCAGCACAUCAGUCAGGAAAGAAAACGAUGCCUCCACCACCAAGCCAAGCGAAACUGUCAUCCACAACAGGCCGAGUAGCCUAAAUACUGGCACCACCAGGAACUUGAGCACCGAGGACUUGUUCAAGAAGCUUCGGGAGAAUUCGCACAAGAAGCUGCUCAAGAACAACUACAAUUGCCUAUGGAGGAAGAUCAAGAAGAGCAGCAGUCCGGCCAUCAACAUCGGGCACGACUUGGACAACGGCGAGUACGACUUAUAUCCAUGUGCCAAGCCCAUCUGGUCCACCAACGACUUGUUCAUCAAAGUGAAGCUCGCAAGCAAGAGGGAGAGCCUGAAUGAGAACAUGAGCUGCAACGACAUCCCCUCCAGCGGGGGCUACUCCGACUACCUCGUGGACGUCGAAAAAAGCCCCCUAACAAAAAUCAACCAUCAAAACACCGCCGGUUUGAAGACGAGAUCCAGGUCCGCCAGCAUCAGGUUCACGUUCGAGAAGUCGGUCACCCCUAAACUCAUCGAAGACUUCAAGAACUCCAAAGACAAGUACUACAAAGUCAACCGCAACAAAUCCUUCUGCUACUUAGAACCAGACCCGGACUUCGAAACUUUCGUCAAAAUGAGACGACGUAAUGAACACGCCAGAAGAAAGGGAUUCAAACUGGAAUCCACCAACAUAGAAGUGAAGAGCGCAGAGAUCGAGUCAAUGAGGUUGGGCAUCCAAAACGCCAACAGAAAAAUCAUGGGUCUGACCACCAACAAACGAAACAAGUCCACCAAAGCCAACGACCUUAUUGAAGUCAUGCCCGCCAAUCAAAUCCCUUUGAUCCGCGAGGACCCCAAGAAGAAGGAGAAGGAGAAGCGGGAGGACAAGAAGAGCGACAAGAAGAACAUGAGGCUGCCGCCCAAAAAGGAAAAUCCAGCCUUAAGACUUGACCCACCUCCCACCGAACUAACUGACGCCAUUAAGAACAUACAGAACGAAAUCACGACUAUAAACGAGACGUUGAAGCUGUUGACGAAGAAGAUGUUGAUGAGGGAGGAGCAAAACUCCAAGGUAACCAUAGGUUUUCGUCACUCCAGUCCCAGACCCAUCAAAACGUUCUCCAAGAAGAACCUAACUGACUCCACAGUCAAUCCAUGCGAUACGAUCCUUGACAAGAAAAAGGUGACGGUUGAAACGCUGGUACCUGCUUCGGUGUUUCCUUACAGUUUCACCAAAGCUACGGAAGAGAAGGUACCUCGAUAUACUUUAAAGAAGAAACGCGAGUCCAAAGCUGAUUACUAUAACCGUCUGGUGAGGGAGCAGAAGAAGGACAGGUUGCAGGCGUUUGUGGAAGAAGUUGGCUUGCGCCAACGCCUGAAGAGUCUUGGUGAGAGGCAAAAGAAGAUCUUCAAUCACUUUCCAAGUGAACUGGAGUUGCAACGAACUCAACUGGCUAGGCUUAACCAACAAUUAUCUUGUGAUCGUGAGAAAGCUUGUUGUUCUGGACAUGAUUGUCAUGUUGGAGAAAAAUACCAUUGUCACCAUGAUCACGAAAAUGAUGAUUGUAGACACAGACAUGCUGGUCACAAACAUUGUGAAAUUGAAGAGCUUUAUACCAAGAAACUCGACGACGCAGACACUUGUUCCUGUCCUUGUUCCAAAAAUUGCAACAUUCGGUGUUCUGAAAGUGAAAUAGAACUGUCCAAUAAAGGUGCUUUAGAGAAACUGUUCAGCCGCAAGGAAGAGGAACUACUCGCUUCGAAGGCACUGAAGACAAAACAACAAUUCAUGGACACCUACAAAUCCCUCAUGGACCGUAAACAAAUCCUCGAAAUCAAGCUGAUCCACAAAGAACGAGAAAACGAAAAGAAAGUGAAGGAGAAGGAAAAACCGAAGGACUCGAAAACUGCCUCCAUCGACAAAUUGUUUCUCAAGCCGGAGAUCAAGAACUCGUGCUACGACAUCAUACUGGAGUCGCAGGAGAACGGCAUUAAAACCGAAAUACCGUUGCUGAAGGUCAACGUGCCCGACGAACGGUCCAAAAGCUACCUCCACAAAAUCAAAAAGAUCGAAGCUAAAAUGGAGUUCAACAGCGAGAAAGAGGUGUCCGCCUUCACCACGAUCUUCGAGGACAACCAGCUGACGAUCAAGACGGAGGAUGACAACUGCGACCACGUGAUGAAGAAGUGCAUGAGCUUGCCCAACGUGCAGUUGAAGAUUUACGAGAACACGACUCCGUUUUCUACUUUGGACAAGUACACUAAGGUGGACAUAAAGCAAAGGAAGACUUCCAAGUCGUUGCUCCAGCUGCAGGUGAUCAAUGACGCCCUGCAGAACUACAUCAACGGCAUAAGAAAGGUGAAAGCCAAAAUUAUGAUCAAUGAUAAGACGACUGCCAAAAGCAAAGACAGCACCUGCAACUUACUGAAGCCCAGCCUGAGCAUCGACAACAUAAACUUACUCGGCAACAAAAACCGAAGCUACUCGACACAAGUACCAAUUUCGAGGAGGUACAGUUCGACCAUCGAUAAAGGCGACAAGGACAAACCCAAGAACGAUAAGAAAAAAGAGCCGAGACUGUCGGAGGAGGACGUGAUUACUUUGGCUCAAGUCAUACAGAAGAUCGAAGACAACUUGUUGAAGGCCGCCGAAGAAUACUGGACGGUUAGAAACAACGAAGACAAGCAGGUCAUGAAAAAGUUCUUGGACGAUCCCUUGGUGAAGAUCGCCCCCAGCACGGAAAAGAGCGGUCACCCUGUUGGUAGUUUGUUGAAGGUUAUGAGUGAUCAAAACAUUAAGGAGAAGGAGAACCUUAAGGAAGCAAUUGAGGAGUCCAAGAAGAUUUUGAAGGACAAAAAGGGCACCCCGAAAGCUUCGUUGGGCGCAAACGAGUUAGACUAUGAGGAAGACACAACCGUCAUGGCCAGCGCCAACUCAUCCGGUACUUUCACCAUGGACCAGAAUGUUCCAGUCUGUAAUAGGACCAUAGCUGAUAGUGCUGAGGAACUGUUGGAGAAGUACUGCGUGUCCGACGAGGAAGAACACGCCAAACAGUUCAAUUACAGCGACGACGAAGACGAGUUGGUCAACAAGGACGCCCUGUGCGACGACCUCAUCUUCAGGAAGCAUCUGAGGGCUGAAAUGAGUGGGAACAAGAAACCAACACCACCUCCGGGUCCCAAACCGUCUGGCACAGUCAAAUAUCUGAUUCCAAGACUGCGUUACAUCAUCAUGAAACAAAAAUACAACUCCGAUUACGCCAACGCCACCAUAAUAAACGUGACAAGAGACGCCGACCUCCAAAACCCCGACAACUUCCUCAAAGUCACGCACAACGGUAAAAUCAUGUACGUGAACAAGUCGUUCAAAGGUUUGGAGGAGAAGACCGAGGAGUACGAGUUCAAGGACAAGAAGAAGGCGAAAGACCACUGCGACAAGGUGUACCUGACGCCCGGCCAGAGCUUGUCCAAGAAGGCUCUCAACAAACCCUUCGCCUCGGAUUGCGCCGAGAAGAUCGCCGAGGACGUCAAACCCGGCGACAUGCUCCAAGAGAACAUCGAGCCUUACGAGAUGGUCAAGGUGGAGACGACCUCGAAGGGCCGGCCAGUCCUCUCGAAGCAAGGCAGGUGGAUACGGAACAGGAGCGUGGAUAACUCCUUCUACAGCUUGAAACCAGGAACCAUUGAUGUGCUCAGAAAACUUGAAGAGAAGCUGAAGCAGCAGAUGAACGAGAGGAAGAGGAUCGACAGCAGGAAGAUGAUUAACGCGGAUAUGGGGGCGAUUCUGGAACAACUUGAGGAGUCGCAGAAGAAAAGGGAACAGAAGAAACGUGAGAAGAACGCACCCAGCACAUCCAAAUGAACAAUACCAGUUGGACACUGGAACAGGUCAAAAAAUCACACACUGGAUUUGAAUUCUGGAGAACUAGAGUUGAUCACUGGGAAUGCAAGAAAAACUAGCAUAAAAAACAAGUGAAACAUAAAAAGUGUUAUUUUUUCAACGUUUUUGUAAUUGUAUAAUAAACAACUUUCGGUAAC